AUGGCACAGGCCUCGCUCCUCUUCCCGAUGAUUUGCCUACUGGUCUCAUUUGCCUUCAUCGUCUGUCUCUAUCACCAAUCAUUCUGGAAAUACCUCCAAAAAUGCCUCCGCUCCACUCUCCGUCUCUGGCGUCGAGGAAGAUUCAUGAUCCUUAGACGGCACAGACGCAACCAACACCCAGGCGACGCUAGACAGAAAGUCGCAGGCCCAUCCAAUAUCGUGGGUGCCUUCGAGGUCCAUGACGACGAGUUAGAAAUGCCCGAAUUCCAUUGCUCGAGCAGUGAUACUUCAACGACAGAAUCGUCCUCAACGGACCCAAGCUCGGAGGUGUCUCUCUUUUGGUCAAUGUCGGAUCCUGCAGAAGAGCCGGGGACGGAUGUUGAAGAUGAUAUGCACACCGACCGGGGCACGCAUCAUGGAUACACAGCUCUCCAGUACAGCGAGGACCUCCAGAACCACCAAACGGCAUCACCGGCCUCUGAUCCAUCAUCGGCAUCGCAACUGUCCACAAAUUCACCAGAACACCAAUACUCAGCACUGAGUUCUCAAUCGCUGCUGCUACCGGCGUGGGAGCAAGAGCUACAGCACCGCAUCCAAGAGGGACGCGGGCCCAGCGCAUGGCUCGAUUGUAUGGUUGAGUGGGCGGUGCAGCGCUGGCAGGGAGGGAUGGAGCCCGACAUGUAG